GUGUAAAAAGAAUAAAAUGUUAUAUUUGUUAUUCAUUUGAGAAGUCAAAAUUAAAAUGUGUUAAUUAUGCUUCUACUAAUCAAAAUUCCAUUACCACAACGCAUGUUGUGCUAUUAUGUUGGCUAUUAUAAGAACAUCGCCCAUGAAACAUUUCAAUUACGAAAUAUUUCAACAUGGCACGAUUCUCCUUCGCUUUACAACGCUUUCUUUCUUCUUGUUUUGCGAAAAUGGCGUCAAGAAGUAGGCGUGGUCAGCUGCAAUGCACCGAAAACUUGUUCUUUUUCUCUCUCUCUCGUUUGCCCGUUCGCUCUUUCUCUGUCGCGGUGGGGUGGGGGUUGCAGGUGUAGAGGAAAACAUCGCAACGAACGCAGCGUUCGAGCAUAGCAGCCUCUCUUGAGCAUAAAAAUUUUUCAUUUCGAACUAAUCCAACGGUCGACACCGAUGUGCUGCUGUGCGGGACCUGUAGCGAUUGUUUAUACAUUUUAUCGCGAGUGAUUAAGGUGACGUGGUAAUAAAUUAUGUCAGCUCUGAAAACCCUGCAGAUUAACAUUUGUGCAAUUAUCGUGCAAUAAAAGUUUAAAGUAAUGUCUCUAAGUGUAUAUGGUCGCUUGCUGUAACGCAAACAAAGCACUGAAAGCAUCAUGGAAGUAGUUAAACAAAGCAAUAAGUGUUUAAGCACUCUACAGCAAGCUACAAAUAGGUGUUAAAAAAGAAAGAAUAAAUAUUAAAUUACAAAAACUCGUUGCGACCAAAUCUGUGAAGUGUGAAAAGCUACUGUUUCAUCUGAUCGAAAGUGGACAAGUGGAUCUAUAGAAAUUCUUUUGUUACCGAUCGUGUGCUUGUGUACGUGUGUGUGUGUGUUGCUGUGUGUAUGUCCUUGAUCUCGUGAUCGUGUGUUAAUUGUUUGCUCCUUCUAUAGUGAACAAAAGUGCGUAAAUAUUUUUCAUAAAACGUGUUUGUGUUUGUGUGGCUAUAGUGGCGUGUAAAAAACCAACACCCCCACCCCCCCACAGUGUGUCCCAUCAACAAACCCGUCCGCAUGUGUGUUUCGCAGCCGGCAUCCCAGUCGGUUGAGUCGUUGACGUCACCGUCAUCGUGCUAGAGAUGGUCCUGGAGCAUCAGGGAAUGCUGCAGAAUCUGCAAACGCUUGGCUCGCAGCCAGCCCUGCAACUGUAUGCGGCGGCCGCAGCAGCCCAGCUAGCACCCCGAAACCGUACCAACGUACCACCGCAAUGGGCACCGUUCCUGCAGUUCGGUGUACCGAACAUGUUCGGUGGACACUUCCUAACGCGACCACGGUUUGGGCCACCGGGCGCACCGCCCAACCUUACCAGGCUGGGCGGAGGUGAUGGUACGGGGGCGGGCAUAGGUGUCGGGAUUGGUGCCGGCGGUGGAGCAGGUUUACCCGGGGGGCUUCUGAAUGGGGCCGCCCAUCCGAACAUAUCACCUCACCGCGCCAUGCAGGGACCACCGAGCGAAGAUUCUAACGAUGAUCGAGGAUCCGCCGCCGAUGGGGACGACGAAAGCAGCGCAUCGAAACGAAGACGCUCGCGAACAAACUUCAACUCGUGGCAGCUCGAAGAGCUGGAACGAGCCUUCUCCGCCAGCCACUAUCCGGACGUGUUUAUGCGCGAGGCCCUGGCAAUGCGGUUGGAUCUCAAGGAAAGCAGGGUAGCGGUGUGGUUUCAAAACCGAAGGGCCAAGUGGAGGAAAAAGGAACACACGAAAAAAGGCCCCGGCAGACCCGCACACAACGCCCAUCCGCAGUCCUGUUCCGGUGAACCGAUCCCGCCAAGUGAACUACGAGCGCGAGAAAAAGCCCGUCGUCGAAAGAAAAUAGCAAAAGCACUCGAACGACAGGCCCGGAAACUACGGGCCAAGGGCAUUACGGUCGAUCUGGAAGCGCUCAAGGCCGAAUAUCUAUCCCAGCACCGGAACAACUCCGGCAGUGACUCGGAGGAUGACGACGACAACGAUAACGAUGAUGAGGAUCCAAUCGAUGUGGUCGGUGGAGCGGAAUCGGGAGACGAACCGGAGGACUGUUCGAUGCAGCGCCGGGAAAGUGUCGAUGGAGACGCACUAGAGGACACGGGCAGUGACACCCCGCGCCAUAGCAUAAGGCCCAACCCGUUUAGCAUAGAAUCGCUGCUGUACAACAACACGUGAAACCGCCGGUAACCGAACAUCGCGUUGUGGAACCUCGGCUCGGUACCGGUCGUAUCCCUUGUUCUCACCAACAACACCGGCCGAAUGUCGGGAAAGUAAAGUCUGUUCCUAAAAUCAAUAGCCAGCGACGAGUCGGAACGCAGCUGCCCAGUGAAAUGUAGCGUUAUCCUUCUUUUCCUUUGCGCCCCGGACCAUCCAGCCAGUAGGUAGAAUGAAUAUUUGCACAACGAAUCCUUCAUUUGAAGGCUCCUGCAUUCCCGCUCCUUGAUCCACGCAAAUCACGCGUAAACCCCUGCGCGUGUAUGCAUUAUUUAUUUUAAUUAAUAUUUUAAUUGUAAUUAUUGUUUAACGCAACUAGUUCAAAGAUGUAUGUCCCCCCGGCACAGUGCGCCUCUGAUUUCACAUGGCAAUAAUUGUGGGAAUCACUGUUUGUUUCGUGAAUGAUGCAUUUCAAAAAGCCACCACUCAUCUACCAAUUGUGGAAUGGCGCUAGUUAAAGUAAAGAGAGUGACACAGUGGCUCAUUAUGCAGCGAUAAGGAACGAAACAUAUAAAAACCAAUAAUAAGUUAAGAACGGUUCUGUAGGCAAAAGCGGCAAAAUGGUCUCGAUUUUGUUUGUCCAAUUGUAGUUUAUUUCAUUUAAAAGAAAGCAAUAGCUAAACAUUUUCCGUUUAAAAAAACAGUUUUAAUUACAGCAAUAAACAAGAAAAUAAACAAAAAUAUAUUUCCAUUUCAUCCAUAAAAAGACGUAAAAAUUCGGCUGCGACAGGACAAUGUGUACAUUAGCUUGGAGAAGUGUUUGUUUUCGAACAAAACGGACCGUAAAUUGGCAAAACCGCUCGAGCCCUCUUUAUCAUGAUAUCAGGAAAGGACAUUGUAUAUAGCACCCAACAAACAAUAAGAGGCCUAUAAGUAUAAAAAAAGUAAAAUAAAGUAAAGACAUACUAAUAAAAGCAUAAGUUCCGCGUCGACUAGAAGACAAUGCCAGAAUAUAUCAGACCUACAGUCAAGUGUUGCGGUGGCGUACGGUCGUAGCAGCUAAAUUUGCAGACAAAUAUCAUCCGUGUACCGUGUUUGGAGAUUUGGCAGCAAGUCGAAAGAAAGCAAAGUACGCUCAACGAGAUGCACAUACAUAAACAAAAUUAUUCAAACAUAAGAAUCGUUAUUUUAUCAAAAUCAAGAAACCCCAUCUGCCGAAAUGGGGCUACCGCCAAUGCAGUUGAAAGUUCGAUUCAAUGCAAAAUGCAAUAUAUUAGCUUCUGAAGGAACAGACAUUCCGGUCGGGCACAGUUUUGCUAAACUGCCGACCAAAACUUCAAUACCACAUCGCAAAGCGCAGAUGCAAAAUAGUCCCUAUAAGCUAUACCGAUAUGUAGCAAAACCAACUUUGUAAAGUAAUGAACAGGUGAACUGAUGGCGCUGCAAAAAAAAAACAUAUGUGAAUCUAAUGUGCAAAAACUUAUAAAAUGCAUAUGAAACAUGCAAGCAGCUAAAACAUGUUCUAUCGAAAAGGAGAAAAAAGAAAUGAUAAAGACAUAUGUGGAAAAGUGGAGAACAAAAAUCCAACAAAACAGAGAUUGAAGUAUGUAUUUAACAACAACAAAAAAAGGUGUAAAUGUUUCAUUUGUUUUUUUUUCAAAAUUUUAUAUCUAAAUUUUUUCCCAUUUUUGUUGUUUCAUUUGGUCAGCAAACAAAAUAAGAUAUUUUAUUCAUUUCUUUUUCCUAUUGUUUACCAUCAACUGUUUGCUCUCACAAGUCUAAUCCGCAAAAAAACAAACAAAGAAAAAAAACGCCGGAACUUGGAGUUGAACAAGUUGUGAAGUUAGGAAGCCGUUACUGAGUUCAGAAUGAGUUUGAAUACUUUUAUUUUUGUUCAGCAGCGUACUCCAAAAAUGUGAUUCCUUUUUAAAAAUAAAUCAAUUCAAAAUAAA